CAGCCGGUUGAAGCAGACAGACUAUAAACUGUGGGAACCAGCAGCAGUCAGAACACGUUUUGAAAUAAAAAAAUUUACCGAUUCGUGACUCCCAUAUUUAGUCGUUAUUUAGUCAUAUUUGAGCAAACAAUAAUAAAAUGUGGGCAUUUAAAGAAUGCGAGCCCAAGUUGUUACUUUUUAAAAAUGUAACCAAUGCAAGUGAAAUUCGAGAAAGGAUUAUGAAAGCUAGCUUUCCUUGCGCUGCAAUUAAUCCUAGAUAUGUAUUGGACACCUUUCAAGUAUUAGUGGCCACCCAACUUGCUGUGAUGAGCCAUCAAAGUCAUACCCUUAAAACACAUUCUGUGUUUUCUGAAAUUGUUUAUAACAUGUCCCCAACAAAAAAGAUUACAGAUUCCUUAAAAAUAUUUGGAAUGAAUGAUAAAGAUACAUAUUUUCUUUGUGUGGUACUUAAUGAAGAAGAUAUGGAACUUGUCUGUUCUAAAGUCAAAGGAGAAUUGGCAGAACCCACCCAAGACAAUUUUGAAACAUGUGAUGAAAAUGAGCUGAGGAAAAUUUAUAAAAUCAAAGAAGAAGAAACAAAAAUUGUUUCUUUAUUGGAUGCUAUAAUUAACCGAAUUUCGACAAAAGAAAUUGCUACAUAGUACUAAUAUUUUUUGUGUAAAACUAGAUUUAGAAGCAGGAUCAAUUAUGUAUUAUUCAUUCAUAUUUGAUUGUACAUUUUACGAUUUUCACAUCAUCAGUUGGUCUGUCAUCUUUAUCUGUUUCUACAAACCCAAUCCUUUUCACAACAGACAUGCCUGAAUAAAUUCUCCCAAAAAUGGAAUGCUUGCCAUCUAGCCAUUGGGUUGGAGCUAAAAUAAAUAUAAAAUAAAUUUGCAUUUGAUGUAG